GCAUCAGAUUCAGAUUUAGGUAUAAAUAGGGGGGAAAGCUUUGCAAAUUAUGGGCGUGUGGCGUCCUCUGAGAAGUUUAUCAUUUUUUCUGCAUUCCAUUGUUUCUGACCAUUCCUCCUCAGGCUUACAACGAUAUAUUCAAUCUUCUACCCUAUUUAAACAUCAGGUAAACAAGGAAACCCUUCUUCAAGCCUUUGACAGCAAUACCGUGCUUUAUCAGGGUAGUAGUUUCUACUGCCAGGCAGAACUUGGUAUACUUAGGUUGAGUUUCAUGGCCACCUCUUUGACUGAAGCUCCUAUUUUGGAGAAGCAAGAGAAUGGAGUUGAAUGUAUGGAGAAAAAGGUGCAUGUCGUUUUUGUAUUGGGUGGUCCAGGUAGUGGAAAAGGUACGCAGUGUGCAAAGGUUGUUGAAAAAUUUGGAUUUACACAUCUUAGUGCUGGAGAUCUGUUGCGUGCUGAGAUUAACUCAGGAUCUGAAAAUGGAACAAUGAUUCAGAAUAUGAUAAAGGAGGGAAAGAUUGUUCCCUCAGAAGUUACGGUUAAGCUCUUGCAAAGGGCGAUGCAAGAAAGUGAGAAUGAUAAGUUUUUGAUUGAUGGAUUUCCUCGAAAUGAGGAAAACCGUGCUGCAUUUGAACGAGUUACAGGGAUUGUGCCCGAGUUCAUUCUUUUCUUUGAUUGUCCUGAGGAUGAAAUGGAGAGGCGGCUUCUGAGCAGAAAUCAGGGCCGAGUGGAUGACAACAUAGAGACAAUAAGAAAGCGCUUCAACGUUUUUAUUGAAUCAAGUCUCCCAGUUGUUGAGUACUAUAGCUCUAAGGGGAAGGUUCGAAAGAUAGAUGCAACAGGGGCAAUUGACAACAUUUUUGAAGGAAUUUGUGUUCUUUUUGAGCCUUUUGUUGAAGUAAAGGAAAAGGACAAUGGUGUGAACAAUUAAUUAGACUUGAGCGUUAUUAGCAUUAGUGAUGGUAAGGGAACUUGGAAGUGGUCAAUAAUUGCAGCUACUAUGGUCUGUGUUGCAGUUGCUGCUUUGUAGCAUUUACCAUUGAUAUUUUCUUCAACAUGAAAAUAGUGGAGUUUACAAGCUAUUGAACCGAUCCCUUGAAGUUUUUACCUUUUAGGAUUUGCAUUCAUUCAAUGCUAAUAGUCACAUAUGUUUCUACCAUCUAAUUAGAAGGCAUUGAUAUAAUAUAUUUUUGGUUUUGUUAGCCGAUUCAAAUAAUUUUUACUUAAAUGUGUCAAUUUUUUAAUUUAUUUAUAUAUGGUUAUAUUA